UAGGUUUUCAUCAGAGAAACUCAAGCUGUACUCAGUUAUGUCUUCAAUUGAUGAAACAGGAUGUAGUGAGGCCUGUUCUUCAAGACUGCGCCUCAAUCAAGCCAUAUCAACGGAAGAAAGUGUUGUGGAAAUACCCAAGUCUGGUGAGAUUGGAAUUUAAUGAGUGUGACAGAUAACGAGAGAAAAAAACAAAUUAUUCUUAUUCUAGCAAUCAGGAGUUUCGCUACUUGUAAGCACGUACGCACGUGCUGGGGGUACCUGAAAAAAGUCAAAGGUUCGUAAAACUUAACACAAAACCAAAAAAAAGGACAAGGGAAAUAAAUGAGACAUAUCAUGUUACUGUGAUCUCUUAAAGAAGGCUAGCCUGCCAAGUUUUGCAAAGAAAAGAUAACAGGAUAUUUUAAUUUUAACGUAUAAAGCUAAAUAAUCACUAGCUCCGGAAUAUAUCUGUAUAAUAAACAUGUUUUAUAAUCUGGAUAAACAUUAAUAACUUGCGAGGUCAUUUUCCUUUUCCAGGCCAGUAUCUUUAGGGCAAAAUUAGCCAAGAUACACGCCUUAAUAAGGAGUUUGUGGGAUAUAUAUAAAUGCUUUGAAGUGUAUACAGAUUUAUUUCUAUUCAGUUUUCUAUUCUUUUCUUUGGACUUAAAUGAUUAUCAUUUAGUGUCUCCAAUUAGCUUCUCCACCUCAAUACCUAGACACUCAAGUAAAGUUCAUGUUUAUUUGUAUGUCUCGUACAUGACAGACAGAGGACGAUUUGCCAGACGGACUAGUCUGGGGGUUAUUGCAUAUAAAUAAAGCCACUGUUUAUACAUUGAAAAACUCCUUUGCCGUUUUUAAAUGGCAAAAGUCCCCCUAAAUGCCAAUUUUUAAAGAACGAAAGACCUCAAUAGAAAGGUGGUAGAACUUUUGUUCCAAUCACUUCGUUCCACACUUGGGCUCCAGUAAUGAGGAUACUGAGCAUCCGUUGAUGACUGAACAGGAUAUCAUAGCGAGCCCUUUCCUCAGUUCAGAUCUGCGGCUCAAUCAAGCCAUACCAACAGAAGAAGGUGUUGAAGAAAUACCCAAGUCUGAUAAGAUUGGAAUUUAACGUGAAUGACAGACUUGAGGAAAGAACUACCACUUUUUUUCUGGUACCUCUGUACCCACGUAUGCCCGCAAGUAGUCUAGCGUAAAUUCUUUAACAACAAUUUUUUAAAACAAAACACACCGUUCAGAUCGGAAAUGUCGGUUUUGGCCGAAGAAGCCACUUGAUUGGAUCACUAAACACGAAUAUUAGGGUGGGAAAAGGCGAGAACUACACAGUGAUAUCUCAAGGGGUUUUAAGGCCUGGGUCAAAGAUGUGUUCUGAAAAUAUAAAUAAAUGGCAGUAUCUUUCGCUAGGAAACCUAGAACAAAAUGAACUUUUCCCCAAAAGUAAAUCUUGAGGUUUCCUUGUGCCUUAACGUUUAGAUUAUGGUCACGUGACGGAAACUGGCGAAUUGGUGGCGAAUUUACUUUGUUUAGAUAAACAAAUUGGUAUUUCUGAAAGAUGACAAACAUACCUAACUUUCUACGUUUGGAAUGAAUGUACGCGAAGUUUAAAAUUAAAGUUUUAAAUGAUUCAAGAUUAAAUUUGGGUAUUUAAAAUGAUGUUUUCCCUCAUAAUAUUUUAUUGAAGUGCAAUGGACGGUCAUUCCAAACGUAAAGUGUUAGAAAUAUUUAAUAUGAAUUACAAAAAUGUUUUUUCCCGAUUUCUUUUCUUAAACCGGCCACCAAUUGGUCAAUAAUUUACGAUUUUUAGCAAAUGGUCACGUGACAUAUCACGUGCCUUAUUAGAGCGGUUUUCACUUGACUGUCGUAAAACCAAAACCAAAGUAAAUACACUAGCCAACCAAAGGACGUAGUAAAACCAAAACCAAAACCAAAACCAAUCCCUUUCGACAGUCAAGUGAAAACCGCUCUAACACACUGUUUAUACUUUAAAAUGUUAAGGACGAUGAAUUCUUUAUGUGUGCCAAACUUUUAUUCAGCGCCAUCAUCUAUGCCAAAGAUAUAGCAAAUAAUUCAUUUUCCACAAGCAAACGCCUUAGUCCCAGGCCUUAAUCUACUUAGGUCUUUAUAAUCACCUUCCUUGUCCCGAUUUUAGAAUCAACAAUGCCUCCAAGUGAUGAAAAUGUAUGUGGAACUUCCCCUGUUGGGCUGCUGAAUUACGCAAUAUCAGUCGACAGUUUGGAAAUUCUACACGAUUCGGACUCUGUUUCUAACACCGCACACUCCGCCGGUAAGACGUAAAUAUCAUUAUAAGUUUAAAAGUUGUGUGUUUAGUCCGCUCUGAAAACGCUUAUGUGACAGCUGUGUUUGCAAAGUUUGAUAAUUACUAAUAAUUUGUUUAACAGUCUAAAUUAGUACAAAUUAGCGUCUUGAAGUCUCACCUCACGAUUCGAACUCUGUUUCUAAAAACGAGANGAGCGGUUUUCACUUGACUGUCGUAAAACCAAAACCAAAGUAAAUACACUAGCCAACCAAAGGACGUAGUAAAACCAAAACCAAAACCAAAACCAAUCCCUUUCGACAGUCAAGUGAAAACCGCUCUAACACACUGUUUAUACUUUAAAAUGUUAAGGACGAUGAAUUCUUUAUGUGUGCCAAACUUUUAUUCAGCGCCAUCAUCUAUGCCAAAGAUAUAGCAAAUAAUUCAUUUUCCACAAGCAAACGCCUUAGUCCCAGGCCUUAAUCUACUUAGGUCUUUAUAAUCACCUUCCUUGUCCCGAUUUUAGAAUCAACAAUGCCUCCAAGUGAUGAAAAUGUAUGUGGAACUUCCCCUGUUGGGCUGCUGAAUUACGCAAUAUCAGUCGACAGUUUGGAAAUUCUACACGAUUCGGACUCUGUUUCUAACACCGCACACUCCGCCGGUAAGACGUAAAUAUCAUUAUAAGUUUAAAAGUUGUGUGUUUAGUCCGCUCUGAAAACGCUUAUGUGACAGCUGUGUUUGCAAAGUUUGAUAAUUACUAAUAAUUUGUUUAACAGUCUAAAUUAGUACAAAUUAGCGUCUUGAAGUCUCACCUCACGAUUCGAACUCUGUUUCUAAAAACGAGAAGUCCAAAGACCAGUGCAAAGCUGAUUCAGAACGUGUAUUGUUUUUUCAUAACAAUAUUUCGGCUGGUCAUACCAGCCUUGUUCAGGUUUACAGAUGUUACUGAACUUAUGUAGGAAUCACAAUGUUAUAUAGAUGGAGAAUGUCGCAAUAAAAAGUCGGUUUAAAGUGAGAGGCGGAAAUGACGUACAACAUAAAAACUGGAAAGGAAAAAUACUAAGGAUAGGGAUUACAAUAAUUCGUCACGGUCGUUUAGGCCAUGAGGUCCAAGAGUCAUGUCCUUAUCUAUCAAUUGCGACUCCCUAGUCUUACGAACUGAGUCACGUGAAGAAUGAAUUUUCUCUAGUGGGAUUAACUGCAUGUCAGUAUGAAAAUGGUUAGAGUGAGAGAGAAAGUGUUCAGAAACAGUAGUGGGUUUAGAUCAAGAGCCAUAAUAGGACUAUAUGGCUCUUGGUUUAGAUUUAAUGUUAGUUAAACGUAAAAGUGCCUAAUUACCUGUUUUGUCGAGAACAGCCUGGAAGACACGACAGCAACCUUUUUUUCCUCUGAACUUUGAUACUGUGCUUUAGAAUUCCACUGAAAAAAAAUUUGCCAGCCUUUGACGAAUUAAACGGGAUGGAAUAAGCGUGAUAAAGUUUAAUAAGGCAGCGCAAAUUCAAUUUUUAAUUGACGUUUUCGUAGCCCGUCGUCGUCCUUGUUGCUUCGGUGGCAAAAAAAAUGUUUUACAUAGUUUAUUUCAUAUUAUCAGAUUGAUAACUUGCAAAAAUAAUUUCAGUCCUUUCGUUUUCAUUCACUUGUUUUAAAACCUCUUUGUAAACUUUACAACAAUUUUCUUUUUAAUCUGUUCCUUUGCUUGAGGCUUUUAAAGCCACGGCUUUCGUCACAUGGUCUGUUGCUGAAAAAACGGCUGGAUUUUUGACGGUAAGGUAAUGGCGUUACUAACAACUUUUGUUUCUAUUCUGAAGUAAUUUUUCCCAGUGAGUUUUUUUUAAGGCUUGUAGAUAAGUUCCUGGUUUCAGCUUAGCCCCCUUCCGAAACACCCCCACUUUCAACCUCCAAGCUUGCUCCAUGGUCCCUGAUAUUCCUUUCACUCAUAAAACUGCACUCCUCCUCUUUAUUAAGAUUAUAGUAAUUGUACUCUAGACAGAUACAAAUAAGCAUUAAGUAAUUGUUGAGCGAAUUUCUUUUUAGCAUCACUACAUUCUUUAAAAGACGAAAGGGCACAAAGUGAAUCCCCUUUAGCCAGAACAGCAUCGGCUGCCCCAUUGCAGCCUUACGCUACUGUCUACAGUAGGCCUAAUUCAAAUGCAACUGCUGAGCCAGAGAAAACUACUAAUAUGGAAACUACAGGGAAUUUGGACAAACACAUUCCAACUGCAAAUGUCUGCUAUGAUGGGGACGUUGAAUUAGGAGAAGCCGUUAACCUCAAGACAGGAAGGCAGCUCUUCCGUUGGAAUCUGAUCUUUAAUCUCAUCUUGUGGAUCCUUGUUCCUCUUCCUAUCUGGUUGCCUUUCGUCUCCCAAGAGAUUUCGCUUUUUCUCCUUCCAAGCAUUCAGGGGGCCUUUAUCGUAUUCUGGAUUUGCGUCUGCUUGUUGGCCAUAAGAACUACAGCGGUCAUGUUUUGGAACAGAAAGACGGACUUCAAAUCCAAGUGCGACCAGUUGAUGAAGAAAUGUAACAAGGAUCCUGAAGCACAAACAGCUGAGAAGACACCCAUCCAACACGUAGCAGUCUUGGCUUGUUAUAAGGAGCCUGUGGAUUUGAUUGCUGCUUCAGUUCAAACUCUGGCCAAUCAAACUGUUGCUUCCAGAGUAACCAUGGUGGUGUCAUUCGAGGAAAAAACUCCGAACCUGUGCAACAAACAGCAGGAUUUGGCAAAACUCUUCGGAUCACAAUUCCGUGAACUUAUUUUUGUUACGCACCCCUUUGGCAUGGAAGGAGAGAUCCCAGGAAAGUGUUCCAACAGCAACUGUGGCAUUAGGACAAGUAUAGCACACAUGAAGAGAAAGGCUGGCAGUAACUUUGAUCCAGAUAGGAUCCUUAUAACAACUGGCGAUGCAGACUCCAAAUUUCAUCCAAGAUACAUGGAAGCGCUGGAGUACAAAUACGAGCGAGAAUUCAUUAAAACAAAAGAUCUCGAUAGAAAGAUGGUAAACUGCUUGUUCCAGUCACCACUACUCUAUAACUGGAAUUUAGAUGCAGCAUCUGUUGUUACCAGAUUGACUGGCAUGUUGCGUGCAUUCCUCAUGAUGGGAGCCAUGAUUCCAUUUAAUGUCAACACUAUGAGCAUAUACAGCUUCUCAGCUUCUCUGUGCAUGGCUGGGCAGUAUAUCCAUCCUGCAUACCAGAUGGAAGAUAUAAUCGCUCUCAUAAGGUAAGAUGAAGCAACGUACAUACACAAAAAAGAGAACUGCACUCUUUUUGAACACCCCGUGUAUAAUCCGCUUAAGGAACACAACAAUUACUUUUUUCCUGAACUUUAUCCUCGGUAGUACAUUUAUAUCAUGAUUCGUGUUGCUAUAUUCUUUAUAUUGAGAAUCGCUAUGGCCGAGUGAGCAUGGCUAGUAUUAAUCAACUGAGUCAAGAAAGGCAAUUUACACCGAAAAAAGAUUGAAAAGCUAACUCGCACGCUAGUCCUUCGUCAGAGCGAACCAAGGAAUUGUACGUAGUGUGGUUCAUAUAUCGAGCGGCCGCGGAGCGAUCCUAUUUAAUAGUGUGAACUGGUAACAUAAAAAACAAGAAUAAUGUAGUUGAAUAAAAAGCGUUUAUUGAUUCCGAGGAGAUUUAGAGAACCGAUCUGAGACAUGAAUUUUAUUGCAGGUCACAAAGUUAGAUUUUUAGCAGGGAAGGUCAAUUUAUGGUACUGUUAUUGAUCUGUCUUUUUCCUUUUUGUCUGAUGACGUCACAGGUGGAUGGGAGUCUGCAAGAGACGGCUUCGCAUUGUAAUGGUUCCCGUACCCACUCUUUCCGGUCCAACAUCUGGAAGGGUGAUUGAGGAGGAGUUGGAGGAAUGGGCUCGACAGGCGCGAAGAUGGACCAUUGGAGCUGCUGAGGUGUUUCACUACUUCAUGGUCAAGUCAAACAAUAUUCCAUUCUUUACUGCCUUGUCCUGGGGAAUCACUUUCAUCAUCUAUUAUGGUAAUUACUUGUCUUUAUUUAUAAUCAUUAUCACUUUCACAAAAUUCUCCAAUUUGAUUGGCUAUCGGUAGCCCUGAUUUCAGCAUUAAUAACAAUACACCCUACAUGAGGUUCAACAAUGUAAUAGGACAACUCGUCACGUGACUCUCUUUGUCCCGUUGUCGAUUUUACGGAAUAAGCCGCCAUGCAGGGUUUUAUUUUGAAAAUAUAAGUGAUAUCACACAUUUGGAGCGAUUUUAAUCAAUUCGCUUAAUUCUGUCCAUCCCUUUUACAGGUAUUAUCUUGUGUUGCUCGUCACUCUACAGCGUUACGUUGGCGAUCUCCGUUAACUUUCUGUUUGUGGAGGUUCCAGUCAUCCUUGAGUGGGGAAUGUUAGCUUUCCUUGUGUUCAACUACGCUGUCUUCGCCUUGAUCUUCUUGUUGGAUCGAGUCACAGUCAGGCUGACGGAGCCGAGAGUAAAGGAGAGGAUCUCUUUUGUUAGAAAUCUUUACCAUUGGAUCGUAUCACCGUUUGUGCUGAUGGCCUACUCCAUAGUGGAACUGUACGCCCUACAUGAGGUCAUGAUACGAGGAAAGAAGGUGUGCAAGCACGGAGCAAGCAAAAAGGAUGCUCUUGGUUCUAAAUAAACAACAAUUUUCUAUUUUAAAAUUUCAUGCUUCUCUUCCCGAAUUUAAGUAUUUUUUGACGCAUAUUUUCGCAGUACAGGUUCUUUUAUGGUCAGUAAAUAGGUUUAUCAACAGUAUUUAUCUACGCAAUAUUUAUUAUUUUUAUUUACUGCAGACAAACGUAAAAUAACAACGUUGCAACCAACAAUACGUUUCAUAGCAUUUUUAGCAUCGAAGUAAAUGUACCUAUUUCAUUCGUACUCAUUUUAUUGGCUAAAAAAAAUCUUUCGCCAUUUUCUCGGCCAAUCGAAAGCAAGAUCGUAGCCAAUUCUCACGCGGUUGCACGAGUUAUUGUUCGUGUCAGUGGAAUUUAGCGAUAAGCAGGCUUGAAUAUUUCCUAGUUCAUAAAUUAAUUUUAUUUCAGACUUAACGGAAUUUAGUGUAUUUAAUUUAACAUAUUUUUUGGAAAUGUAAAUAUAUUUAGUAUUAAUUUAUAAGCGGAAUUGUAAGGUAAAAAAGUGUUGAGGAGGACAAUAAAAGCGAGACCUUGCAAGUGCGUCAUCUUUUUUUAAUAACCUUUUUUUAAACAAAGUAAAUAAUGGUCAGUUCAG